AUGGCAUUUAACACAUUGAACCACAAGUACGAUUGUCGGAGAUUCGAAGGAAAGGUUGCGUUGCUAACAGCUUCAACCGAAGGGUAAGAUGUAUCGGAGGCGCUACAACUUUUCGGCACAGCGACAGUUCGGGUCAACGAUACUACGGAUCGAGGCGGUGUGUCGUUGUAUACAUGGGGGAGGCUAGGACAAGGCUUAGUGGCGGGCGCACACUUGCGGGCAACCAUUUUUCGGGCAACCACUUUGCGGACAGCCGACAUUUGCGGCCCACCGGCGUUUGCGGGCAGCUUGGGACAUUUGCGUGCAGCCGAUACUUGCGGGCAGCCGACAUUUGCGGGAAACAGUUCCAAAAGUUCCAAUACAAUCUGCGUGCUUGUCUUUUUUCGGUUGCCCGCAAGUGUCGGCUGCCCGCAAAUGUCGGCAAAUUUCCAAAAUAUCGCAGUAGUCAUUCCACCUCCACCCUGUUACCAUCAGGUGCCCGUUGCCCGCAAAUGUCGGCUGCCCGCAGUGUCGGUUGCCCGCAAAUAUCCCAGGCUGCCCGCAAUGUUUCAGCUGCCCGCAAGUGUGACCCCCCAAAUUUUGUCCGCGAAGUGGGAAAUAAUACGAUUGAUCGGGUCUGGGAUACCGUAUCACCUAUUUUGAGGUAUUUUACAUGUGCUCACAUCAAUAACAUCUAGAUAAAAGUUUCAAUUCUUGGUUUUUGCCGCAAAUUUUGAUCUUUUAUAUGUUACAACAACUCAAGGUAAAGAAAGCUAACGUAGCAAUGAAUAGUUAAAAUUAGAAAAAGUGGACAUAUUACCAGUCUCCGCUGAGCCUUCACCGAGCGUCAACCGACCAUCCAAAAGCCUUUUUUUGGGUAUCCACCUGCCCUACGGUCGGUAUCUGUCGAUUUUCUGUUGACCCAAACUGUUGUCGACCCGAAAAGUUGGGAGCGAUAUCGGAAUGAGUGGUCACAACUUUCGCUUUCAGGAUUGGUCUAGCUACCGCCGAUCGGUUAGCUCACGAAGGCGCCAAAGUUGUGAUCAGCUCUCGAAACGAAGCCAACGUAAAACAGGCUCUUCGACAUUUGAUUGAGAGUGGAAUUAACCCCGACAAUAUUGCGGGCACAGUGUGCCAUGUUGGCAAUCCGAAACACCGUCGACAUCUGCUUGAUUUUGCCUUGCAGAAGUUUGGGAAAGUCGACAUUCUCUUCAAUAAUGCUGGAAUUAACCCUGCCAUCGGCGACAUGCUGAAAGUAACGCCCACGCAAUUCGACAAAAUUUACGAUAUCAACAUCAAAGCGACGUUUUUGAUGACUAAAAUCGUGGCCGAACAUAUGAAACAGAACGGGUGAGUUUUCGAAAUCCGGUGGUUAUCUCGGAUAGAUCUUGAUUGUUAUUCAUUCCUUCGUAUUUCAGUGGCGGUGUAAUCAUCUUCAACGCAACUUUUGGAGCUUAUAAGACGCUUGAAGGAGUAAGAGCCUAUGGAGUUUUGAAGACGGCUCUGAUCAGUUUGACUCAAGCCUUGGCGCACGAACUUGGCCCAUACAAAAUUAGAGUGAAUACUGUGAAUCCGGGACUGAUUCAGACCAAAAUGGGGAGAAUUGUAAGUUCAAAGGGGCCGAUUUAUUCUUCGAGCAUUCAUUUUGGGGCUAAUCGUCAAAUAUAAAUAUUAUACAACACCCGUAAUACAGUGGGGGCCUUAACCAGUCCCAAAAAACGUACCAUUUUGCAUCCAGGAGGUAUAAAAAAAUGUGGCAAAAUACCUCCCUCUUCAAGCAAAAAAAUCCGAUUUCAAAAGCGCGCCCGUUCUUUUUGUAAAGGAAAAAGGGAGCACCCUUCAAAACGAAGUUUUUUCACUUGGAGAUGGAAGCAGUUUGCCACAUUUUUGAUACUUCCCGGAUGCAAAAUGGCAUGUUUUUUACCACUAAAUCAGGGCCCCUACUGUAAGCCUUCUUCUAGCCUCUUUUUUGGCUAAAAUCACUGGACCACACCAAAUUUUGAUAAUAUCAAUCUGUCGGGAAAAUAAUGACCUACUGAUUUACUUUUGCAGAUGUACGACCCAAACCACCCACUCCACAAAAUUGUCGAAGUCAAACAGUCAAUCUGGGCCAUCCGCCGAAUGGGGCAGCCUGAAGAAAUGGCGGCGGCUGUAGCCUACCUGGCCUCUGAUGAUGCCAGUUUCGUGACGGGCGAGUCGCAUCUCGCCACCGGAGGCGCAGAAUGCCGAUUGUAA